AUGAUGCCACCGAUUUGCGCUUCCAUAUUUCUUUUCCUCAUCCUUUUACCAACGGCGAUCUCUCACGACUACUCCGAUGCUCUCACAAAGUCAAUCCUGUUCUUCGAAGGUCAACGCUCUGGAUAUCUUCCAAAAGAGCAGAGAAUGACGUGGCGCCGUAACUCUGCACGCGACGAUGGCAAGAACCUCAAUGUGGACCUCACUGGCGGUUACUACGACGCCGGAGACAACAUUAAGUUCCACUUUCCGAUGGCUUUUACGGCUACGAUGCUUGCGUGGAGCGCUGUCGAUUUCGGAAGUUACAUGUCCCCGGAAGAUCUCCGGGAAAACCUCGUCGCUCUCCGUUGGGGCACUGAUUAUCUCCUUAAGACUGUUUCGCAACUCCCUAAUCGCAUCUUCGUGCAAGUAGGUGAGGCAACUCCGGAUCAUCAGUGUUGGGAGAGACCAGAGGAUAUGGACACACCACGAACCGCUUACGCUGUGGAAGCGCCGCAGCCAGCCUCUGAUUUAGCCGGAGAAAUUGCAGCUGCGCUUGCGGCUGCUUCAAUCGCAUUCCAACAAUCUGAUCCUAGUUAUGCUAAACUAUUGCUCGUCAAUGCUGUAAAAACUUUCGAGUACGCGGAUUCACACCGAGGUUCUUACACCAGUAAUCAAGGGGCUAAGCUUGCUGUUUGCCCAUUUUACUGUAGUGUGAACGGAUACGAGGAUGAAUUAUUAUGGGGAGCUGCAUGGCUGAGAAGAGCGACCGGUGGAGAUUCUUACAUAAAUUACUUAGUGGACAAUCGUCAAUCUUUUAAUGCAGAUUUCAAUUGCUUCGAGUUUGGAUGGGAUAACAAAGUUGGGGGUCUCAAUGUUCUCGUUGCCAAGGAAGUAUUUGAGAAGAAUGUGGCCGCGAUUGCACCGUAUAAGGAAACGGCGGAAAGAAUGAUGUGUUCAUAUUUCUCGGGAAGCCCCGGUUCACAUAUGACUUACUCUCCCGGUGGACUUCUAUACAAACCCGGCAGCAGCCAGCUCCAAAACACGGUCGCAUUGUCUUUUCUCCUCCUCACUUACGCCGAUUACCUCUCCAAAUCCUCUCAACAACUCCAAUGCGGCAGCCUCAAGAUUCAUCCAGAUUCUUUCCGUCGCUUGGCCAAACGACAGGUGGAUUACAUUUUGGGAGAUAAUCCAAUGAAAAUGUCGUACAUGGUCGGAUACGGUGAUCGGUAUCCGCGACAGAUCCACCACCGUGGCGCAUCCUCGCCGUCGAUCGUGACUCAUCCCACUCCCAUAAAAUGCUCAGAAGGGUGGAAUAUUUUUGCAUCACCCAAUCCGGACCCUAACGUUUUAGUAGGUGCCGUGAUCGGUGGGCCCGGUUUAGACGAUAAAUUUGUUGGAGGUCGGACCAAUGCUAGUCAGACGGAGCCGACGACUUACAUCAAUGCACCUUUUGUUGGUCUUUUGGCUUAUUUUAAAGCCAACCCAAAUUUCAUGUGA